CCUCCCUUCCUCCCUUCCACCUCUCGCCCCACAAUUUCUUCCUCACGGCGUUACCUGACGUAACAAUCAAACCCCCCUCUACCACAUCUGAGUCGAGACGAUCAGAGAGAAAUCAGACCCCACCAACAAUUCCAACGAUCCAGAAAAAAAGAUAUUCAACAUGAUCGACCACCAAAUCUUCGAGGAUCUCCAGUCGAAGAUCGACGAAGAGACCGCCGUCCGCGAUGAACUUCAUGAUAUCGUGCAGACGCUGGCACGAAAGGGACGAUCCACGCAAGCAAUUCUUUCGCGCGCCCACUCGACGCCUGCUGGUCAAUUGAACCCCGUUCUCGGCGAUGUGACCAAGGCGAUCUUCGCUCAGAGAGAUGAGGUCGCUCGGCUGAGGGAUGUAGCGGAUAAGCACCCUUUCUACAAGUACAAUGGGGUGUGGACGCGGGAGCUUCAGAAUUUGGUCUCGUCGAUUGAGCUCUGCGCCUGGCUAGGCGGUCUGGGAGAGUACAAGUCGAGCCCCUCGGCUUCAUUCUUGACGAUCGAAGAGAUGGGAAAGUUUCUGGGCGUGCCUGUCAACCUGAAGGAAGAGGAUGCUUUCCAUCUGACCAUUGAGGAAUAUCUCCUCGCGUUGAUUGCUAUGGUGGAAGAACUGUCUCGUCUUGCGGUCAACUCGGUCACAUUGGGUGACUACACUCGCCCCAUGCAGAUCAGCAACUUCAUCAAGGAGUUGUUCGCUGGCUUCCAGUUGCUAAACCUGAAGAACGAUAUCUUGCGCAAGAAAAGUGAUGGGAUCAAGUACAGUGUCAAAAAGGUGGAAGACGUUGUCUACGAUUUGUCGCUGCGCAACUUGAUUCCCAAGGAUGGUGCUACUGCUUGAGAAGAUUAUUUUACAACUGCGUUGGACGGAUCUCAACGACUUUGAUGGGUGUUCGCAGAGCUCAUUCCAGUCUGUUUCAUAUUAAAUCAAUACACGGAACAAGAUUGCUCGUCAGAGUCAAAACGAGCAUUG